UUCUCAUUUAAUUUACAACACUUUGCAUUGAGCAGUUUACAAUUUCUGAAUGAAUUUUUGGCAAGUUCCCCCCAAAUUCGGAAUCAAAGAGCAAACCACAUCAAUAGGAACUACACAAAAAGGACGACGUUUGUGCUACACAAAUGAAUUCUCGAACAUUUACGAAUACUGAGGGACAAGGAAAGUUCCAAAGGUUAUCAUUUGACGAUUAUUCAUCACCUUUCUAGGUUCUCAGAGAAAAACAAAAACUGGCCCGUAUUCAGAUGAUCGUAUUCGAUGGAAAAACACACACAACCAACUUUCUUUUCUUAUAUCCUCUUUAAACUUUCUUCAUAAGCUCUAGCUUCACACUUCGGGUGUGAUGCAGACUUCAUUUGUUCAUCUGAACAAAAAUGAUUAAUUUUUUAAACAAAAUUUUGUGUGUGGAAGAGACCAGUUUAUCAUUCAAGUCCCCUUCGUUAAGAGAAAAAUAAAUUUUAAUCAAAAUCAAAACAUUCAAGGAAAUAGAAACAGGAUAAUAACCCUGCAUUAUCCUGAUGCGCUUUGGAAAUGGAAUGAAAUUCAUUUCAAUGCUGGACACCGAGAACCUUUUCCAUCACCUUCCCAUGUGCUCAAUCAACAUUACCCAGUCUCUAUACAAUUUCAAUACACAUACACUUUUUUUUUAUCAAAAGAGUCUAUACAAAUAUACUUUGUAUAACAAAGCUAGUGCAGCUUUCAAACUGCAAAUAAAAUCCCAAAAAUUUAUUCCUAAUAAAGCAAUAGGUUAUGAUUAAAACCUAAGGUUGACAGUUUCACAAGCACAAACAAUGAUCAGUUUUUUGAAAGGGAAUCUUUAUGAAUGCCUUUACGUUCUGACAAUAAAUGCUUUUUCCUUCCGGUACUUGUUUAACCUUGAGUUGUUCAUUUUCACACACUUCUUUUUUCAAGGCAGCGAGUAAAAAUUCACAGAAGGUAUUGUCUUGUUAAUGGUUAAAAAAACUUCCUUCAAUAAAGACCUUUUGUUUGCUUUUUGCGACAAUAACUACGAAGCGACUUGCUAACACCUAUUUAAAUUAAAACUCAAAUGGUUCAUUAACAUCUCAAUGCUGGUUUGGGAGGCAAAAGAUUUGAAUCGUUUGAUCGAGGAUUACCUUGUAAAGAAAAAAAGCGAGAUCACAAAUGGAUGGUAACUAUUCUGUUAUGUCUGACCGAGGUUGCAGCUACCAUUUUACCACUGGAGUGUUUCUCACCAUCGCCAACAUAAUCACCACCAUACUCGGCACUUUUUUCAACGUUCUUAUUCUCGUCUCUUCGUCGAGAUUGCAUUCAGUGUCAAAUCUUUUCAUCAUAAACCUCACUAUCGCAGAUCUAUUGGUUUGCGCUGCUGCUCUGCCGCUUAACUCUGUGUGGACAGUCCAAAAGACACACGGAAUUUGCGUAUCUCAGGGGGUUCUGUAUUCUCGCAGGGUCAUUCUUACUUUAUCCUCAAGCGCCUCUCUGCUCAUCUUAAGCUGGGUGAGUAUUGAGCGUUUUGUUGUGAUUUCUAGGCCUUUGAGGCACAAAUUUUACAUCACAACACGGCGCAUUAGAAUCGUUCUUGCCAUUACCUGGAUGUGUUCGUUGAUGUAUGGCGCCGUUGCUGCAUUCGACGACAAUGCUUUCAUUACGAUUUUUUCAACAACGGCAACUGUGACUUGUUCUGUUGUCGUUACAGCAUGUUACUUACACAUCUUUGUCGUUGUUUGGAGGCAAAGAAGAAGUCAAACCGAACUUCAAAGAAGUCAGUACCAGAGCCAAGCAUUGGAGAAACAAGUGGCUAAGACUAUGGCUCUGGUAAUCAGUGUUUUUGUUCUCUGCUUCGCUCCCCUGACCAUCGCUAGACAGACUGUAACCACGACAUCUCACGGAGCCUUACAUGACGGAUUGUUGUUGCUAGCGCUGUCGCAUUCUGCAGUGAAUCCUGUGAUAUAUUUUCUCCGCUUCAGAGAUUAUCGAGCCGCUCUUAAAAGAAUUUUGUACUGCAAGAGCAUUCAGGUAGAAUACUCAAGGAACUCUGAUAAAACUUGUCUGGAUAACAAUCAAACCGAAUUAUGCCAGAUAGUGUCUUAGACUGCACUAUUUAUUAAAUGACUCGCACGUUUCUAACUCUGCGCAAUAAAGAACAACUACUCUGUUUACCUGCAAAUUAAACAACAAAAAAGAGUCGAGUUUCUUUUUCUCGAUUAACCAAAAUGAAGUAAAUUUAGCUUUCUACGGAAAACACAACAACUAGCAGAGUAUUGAGUUAGAGGAAAGUUUCAAGAACGGAGAACUAUACAGUGGCGCAGCCUGAUGCCAAAGAUACCGAAAAUAAAGCGUGCACAGUGAAGUGGAGUGUACAACCCCCUUAAGCUGAGUUAGGUCACUAAGCUUGCUAGGUUUACCGAACAGCUCAUGUUCUCCGUUCACUGAUGAGACCUUGAAGGCCGGCUAGCGAGCUGAGAGUUCAGCCCUCAUUGUACUGUUCAUAUGGGCCGGUGUUGUUAGUUCGUCUAAUGACAACAAAGUCUCAUGAUUGAACAUUCAUCUUGGUUAUGUGUUCGGUUACCAAUAUCUCAGUAGCCACGAUGCUUCAUCUUGAGAGUACAUCCUAAUUUUUAAUAAAGGGAAGAGUGGUGCAGGGCGAGGCUCGGAGACCAUACCAGCCUCG